UAGUUGCCUAAUGUUGAAAGUAGAAAGUUUGGCUUUAAAUGUGGUAGUUAUUUGAAUAUUUAAAAGUUAGGGUUCUCUUAUGUCCUUUCAAUAUUUUAUGUGUCCUCCGUUUGUAACUGAUACAGCCGUGCCCUAAUCUCUCUUUUAGUAGAGAUUAGAGCACGAUAUUGAAUGAAAUCUUUUACCGCCUCUCUCUCUCUCUUUCUCUUUCUCGUUCUCCCCUUCCCUAUUACACAACAUGGUAUCAGAGCCUCGACUCAAGCUGCUGGCGUGAUCGACUCAAGGUGCAGGCGUGAUCAACUCAAGCUGCUGGCGUCAUCGACUCUGUGUUCUGGCGUGAUCGUUUCUUGCCCAUCUUGCUUACGAGAACAUCUCAGACUUACGAGAACACUUCAGGCUGUUGCUGGCGUAAUCUCUAACUUAUCUCAUAUUCUCUGCUGCGUGGAGGAGGACCUGAUCUCGCCUAUGUGAAAGGCGUGAUCAGAUCCUCACAUGGAGUAUUUGGAUAUUUUUUUUAUGUGCUGUUCAUGGAUACUGUUUAGAGUGUUGAAGAAACGUUGAUAUGCUGUCUGUAGUUGUGGUUUGAGGGAUGAUCAGAAAUUCUGGUGAAGCAGAAUAGAUGCAGAAUUUAUCUACGCAAUAUGUGGAAUGUUAGAAGCAGCGGCAAGACUUCAUUUAUAAGUUCUGUUUUCCAGCAAGUUUAUUCCCUGUCGUUUCUUGUGUACUUUCAGCAAAUUUUCUUUCCAGCAAGUUGUCCGUUUUCUCCUUUUUCCUUGCUGGUUGGGGGUUGUUGAAAGAGGCUGCGUGACGGUUCUUUGUUUUGUUCCUGAAGGCUGCGUGAAAUUGCUGCAUAUAUAUAUAUUUUAUUUUGGUCAUCCCAUUCUUGCUGUGAUUUAUGAUGGCUGAGAACCAAAGAUUGGAGGGUGGUAAUGAUCAUAAAGGAGUUGGAAAUCCCUUCUCCUAUGGAUCUACAGUUAAAUUAGAUGGACACAACUAUGAGUUGUGGUCUAGAUCCUUUAUAUUGUCAGUAAAAGGACAUCGAAAGAGACACAUAAUUGAAGAGGAUGAACCUAUUAACAAGACAGGGAAGUACAUAACCUGGGAAGAGGACGACAGCAUGGUUAUGUCUUGGAUUAUGAAUAGUGUCCAACCUCAAAUUGCUUCUACUAUUACUUACUAUACUACUGCGAAGGAGAUGUGGGACUUCCUUAGACAGACAUAUUCUCAAGAUAAGAAUGUAAGUAAAAUCCUUCAAGUUGAACAAGAGUUGCACAACCUCCGACAGGGAAAUCAAGACUUAUCUCAAUACUUUGCAACAGUGAAAGCUACUUAUGAACGUCUGAAAUUUUUGCAUCCUCCGUGCAAAUCGUGUUAUAAGUCAUACUUUGAACCUACUAUGGUUGUGAAAUUUCUUGUUGGUCUCUCCCCUGAGUAUGCUUCUGCUAAGGAUCAGAUGCUCACUGGAAGUGAAAUUCCUGACCUCUCUGAUACAUACAAUAGACUUAGCCGUCUUGCUGUUAGCCUGUCUCAACCAACUGGUGUGACGCCUGCCUCUGCUUCUGCUCUUGCUGUGGGGGGUGGUCGUGGUCAUGGCUCCACCUAUAAUGCCAGAGGAAGAGGUAUAGGUCGUGGAACUGGGGGCCGUGGGAGAUUUCAAUGUACCUAUUGUGGAAAGAUUGGACACUUAGAGGAUCGCUGUUGGGAUAAACAUGGCCGCUCAUCCUCUUUGUCGCAAGGAAGAAAUAUAGUCAUCAAACUGGGCAAGAGUCCUACUCACUCAUCUAUGGGCUCUGCACAGACUGCCACUCCUACAGUGGAGGACGCUUCGUCUAGUAUAGCGCCAGAGACAGUUACAGUCAGCAUUGACAGAGUUGAGUACGAGCAAUUUUUAGCGCACAAAGCCUCACAGGCUUCAGCUUCUACAACGUUGACCGAUCGAGCCUUCUCAGCGGGUCCUUCCACAUCUGACUCAGGACUUGCAAACUGGGAAGACGAUUGGUGGCAGCUAUGAGAAAGGGGGCGUCUACAUCCUAUCGGCUCCAAUGGGUCUUGCAGCUACCUCUUCUACAUCAAAGUCUACAGUCUUCCAGUGGCAUCUCCGGCUUGGUCACCCUUCAGCACCCAAGCUUCGUUCUCUCCUACCUAAACUUUCAGUUCCAGAGUCUUUUCAGUGUGAGGCUUGUCAACUUGGCAAGCACACACGUAGUAGUUUUCCUUUGAGUCUUAGUCCUUCAAGUCAAGGGUUAUUUGAUCUUCUUCAUGUUGAUAUGUGGGGGCCUAGCAGGGUUGCUAGCCGAGAUAGGUUUAGGUACUUUCUUGUCGUUGUUGAUGAUUAUUCUCGAGUCAGUUGGGUAUUCCUGUUGAAGGAAAGGUUUGAAGUAAUUUGUAUUCUCAAAAACUUGAUUAUUGAAAUAAAGACUCAAUUUAGUUCUGUGGUUAA